AUGGAGCUUUUCACCUGGACGGCUCCCACACUGGCCUUGCCACUGGCUGUGCCACCCGCGCUGGACCGACGCGACCCCGGCCUUCACGGGCCAUGCAGUUUUGUGGGUAUGGGCAGACCGUUGAAAAGGACGAGUCUUGGAGCUGAGUGGCUGGCAGCCCUGCAGGUGGCGGUUGCCUUGCGCGCGAAGAAGGCCAAGGCAAAGCAGAAGCCUUUGAAGCCGAAGCCCGUGAAGCCAACAGCGAAGCGCUCCAGCCCAAAUGCAGUGCGGGUGUAUCCAGCCGAGGACGUCUUCUCCCUAGAUGUGGAAUGUGUGGCGGUGGGCAAGACGCAUGAGAAGAGUGACCGAAUGCCCUGCUCCUAUGCGUUGGUGGAUGGUCAUGGAAGGGUGGUGAAAAGGACCUUGAUCCAGCCAUCCAAACCAGUAGUCAGCUACUUGACGCCCUUCACAGGGCUCAGGGAGGGCGAUCUCUCUGAGACAAAGGCCCUGAGCCUUGAUCGAGCGCGGAGGGAGCUUCAGGAGUUGCUACCGAGGAGGGCGAUUUUAGUUGGUCAAGAGCCGCAAGGCGACAUCGACUGGAUGAAUUUGAAAGAGAACCAGGACUUUACUGGGACAGUGAAUCUCUCAGAAGUCUUCACCAAUGACCAAGGGAUGGUUUUCUCCCUGCGUCACGAGGCGAGGGUGCUGCUGGGGCUUGAGCCGGACUCUGCUGUGCACGACCCCAGCUGGGACGCGAUUCUCGGUGCCGGGCCAGGGGUGUGGGAUGCAGAAUGGUUGCGGAAUGUUGGUAUGGUGGAAGUCAGUGAAAGUAUCCACGAAUAUCCACGAAUCGCAUUGGUCAGGCGGUGCAUUGGUUUUUGCAAUAAUUGA